AUGACAACGCUGCAAACAAACUCACUUACGACCAUCGAGAAUGAUAGUACGACUCGCCGCAAAAGGACCUACGGGAAGAAAUGCAAGCCUAUGGCAUCUGUGUUAGCAGCCAAAGAAAUAUUCACAAUGACUCAAAGUAUCGAGAAGCAGCUAGAGAAGCUUGCGAUAUCGGAAAAUGGCAAAGCGAUACAGCCUAAAUCUUGUGAAGAGGACAAAACAACCGAACGAUUAACACAAGCAGAGACCUCAAGUAAUGCCAAGAAACCAUCUAGAAGGUCUCCAACCGGACGCGAACGUUCUCAACCGCCGUCACAUACCGCUGCAGAGGCAGCAGACCACCGCAUAUCACUCUCGCGAUCGAGACCUACGACCACGAAGUCAUCACGGACUAAGAACGCCAAAGGUGACCCCGAAAGCUUAAGCACCGAAUCUAGCCAUGUGUCCAGUAUCCAAUCCGCAGAAGACCAGACAGUAAUACAAAAAUUCGUCAGGAACUAUUCCGACCGGGGCGUCCUUCCUUUCGAGAAGUACGGCAAUACCCUUGCCAAAAAGUACCACGUCAAGAAGAUCGGUGAAGGAACGUACUCGAGUGUCUUCGCUCUAAGGAAAAAAGACGAUUGCUCAUCAUCCUCACACUCAGAGUCUCAGUCGCAAUCCAAGACAUCGAGCUUUAAUACAACUGACCUGCAUCCUACUACCAUCCUCAAGAUCCUACCUAUCCUUCUUCCCUCGCAAGAGGCUGUUGGCGGAGACACAGCUGGCAUGACCCCGACCUUCCACAUCGCUUCCGAGUUACAAACAAUGCGCGCCAUGGAUCCUGUUCACGGUUUCAUCCACUAUCGCGGCUGUCUCGUCCUCCGUGGUAGCUGGGCUUCGUCCUUCCUGUCCGCUUUCCGGGAUUUUGCACGCACAUCUCGAAAGAAAGCGCUCAACGAGGAUCCAGCGAAUGCAUUUAGCGAAGAGCAAUACUACGCUGUAAUCGAGAUGGAAGAUGCUGGACAGGAACUAUCAGACGUAUUGAAGAGACCCAGCGAUUUUCAGAGCUGGGACGUAUUCUGGCUGACCACUAUACAUUUAGCUAAUGCGGAGGCAAUUUGUGGUUUUGAACAUCGUGACCUCCAUGUUUCAAAUAUCUGCGUGAGAGCGGACGAUAGCCUCGAGAAUCGUUUAGAUGUGCCAGAAAGCACAGUGUCAAACAUGACCACAAAACCGAGGCAAUUACUAGGUCUAAGCAACAUCCAGCUGACCAUUAUCGACUACACCUUCAGCCGAGUAGCACUACCUGAAGGCACAGACAAGCUGAAAAACACAAACUUUCGAGAAUUUGUCAUCGAAGGAAAAGGCUACGACAAACUAUGCAAAGAUCUAGCCAAGACAAAACCAACAAAAAACGCCGAAGAAUUCGAAGACCGAGUCCAGCAGCUCACGUACGCCAAAGUUGCAAGAUUAAUUGACCUCGCCGCAGAAACGGCAGCACAAUCCGACAACGCCACCAAACCCAACCCCGAGCCUCAACAGUGCAUUGCACCAUGGGAACGCCACGUCCCCAGAAGCAACGUCGCCUGGCUCGGCUACCUAGUCACCUGCCUCCUAGGCCGAGCAGGCAAAAUGGCCAAGACGAAAUACGUGGCUGGCAGCAACGCGGUCGCGAAACAGGUCCAAGACGAGCUGAGGAAGAAGUUGUGCGAGAUUAGGGAUGUGUUGAUGGUUGAGGACUUGGCUGAGAUACCGAUGAGUGCGGGUGAUGUUGUUGGUUUAGGGGUUGAGAGGGGGUGGUUGACGAUGGAGGAGAUUGAGGCGUUUAAGGCUAGGUUGGAGAGGGACAGCUAA